AUGCAGUCGGCCACUCUCUGGAGAGUUCUGGGACUCUGCCUCUUGUCAGUUGGCGCUUGGGGACAAGAAGACUAGGAUAGAUCUGGGGAUCAAACACCCCCAGCAUAUAAAGUCUCCAUCUCAGGAAUCAGAGUAGAGCUGACAUGUCCUCAAGAAUAUGGAUCUGACACAAAAUGGGAAAAAGAUGAUACAGAAGUACCCGAUCAUCGUGAGGAGCAGCUAUUACUAGAGAAUUUUUCAGAAAUGGAGGACAGUGGUUACUAUGUCUGCUACAAAGGCGGCUUUGAGAAGAAACAUUAUCUCUACCUGAGAGCAAGAGUGUGUGAGAACUGCAUGGAGGUAGAUCCGAUGGCAGUGGCCACAAUUAUCAUAGUUGACAUCUGCAUCACUCUGGGCUUGCUGAUGCUGGUUUAUUACUGGAGCAAGAAUAAAAAGGCCAACACCAAGCCUGUGACUCGAGGAGCGGGUGCUGGUAACAGGCCCAGAGGACAAAACAAGGAGAAGCCACCACCUGUUCCAAACCCAGACUAUGAGCCCAUCCGCAAAGGCCAGAGGGACCUGUAUGCUGGCCUGAAUCAGAGAGGCAUCUGA